GUGUCUUUGUGGACUUGAAUGUGUACAAGCAAGACUUUGGAGAUCCAGCUGAGAGGGAACAUAAGGUUUGCGAUAUCAUCGAUCCGGAGACCGGGAAGAUGAAGAAAGCAGCCUUCAUUCCCAAGAGAAAGGCAGGGUACUUUGAGGGCGAAUUGGCAACGACACAGAAGCUUCAGAAAAAGGAGGUUCUGGAUUGUGAUCUCAAUGCUCUCCGCUCUGGCCAAGUAGACGAAUCUUUUGACCAACACAUGGAGAGCUUUGCAAAGUCAGAAGCUAUCAAUUCACUUCGCCCAAGCUCCAAGAAAGAAGACAACGAUGAUGAGGCCAAGGGCGAAGAGAUUGAUGAGUCUGAGUGCAUCGAGUUGAUGGUGGCCAUGCAGCAACGCGAAGACAGUCAACCCAAUUCAAGUGAUAGUUUGACUCACGAUGCUUUGCGCGCCCACGAUGCCGUUCACAGUGCGAAGCGUGUUGCAGGCAAACGCAAUGAUUUUCCAUCAUCAACAAAGAGGCAGGGGAGUGUUGUUUUAUCCACUGCGGCCAAACCUGCGCCUACGGCUCCAACUGAGAAACCAUCUGAGUCUGACUGGCUGAUCUUCUUGAAAUCUGGUUGGGACUCAUGCACUUCUGUGGCUGCCUUGGACCUUACUACAGAAAGUGGUGGCUACAUUUGCAACAUGCCUUCCACUGCAGACAAGGCCAAGUGGUCAGCAGCAGUCAAAGCUGUGUCUGCGCAGCUAGUGUUGAUCAAAGACUUGCUUGAAUCUGGCAAAAUCAAAGACCAAGAGAUCAAGAGUGCUGCCACACAGCUCAAGAAGAUUGCCAAUGGCAAAUGCAAGAAGGCUGGUACCAAGAGCAAACCUGAGUUGCUCUCAGACAGAUUCAAGGCAUUGAGUGAGUUUCUACUAGAAGUCCAGAAGUUCCGGAGUGGGAUCGUCAGCUCACGGAUGGGCUCUAUUUCGUCUGAGGACAUCUCCAAAGGUUCAUCGGUGACAUCGGUUCUCAACAAGAUGAAAACUGAUUUGACUAUGGGCUUGGAGGAUGCGGAUAAAGCUGCAGCAGCAGAGUUGGUUAAACAAGCAGCACAGGCUAUCUUUCUCUUCCCAGAUAAUCUGGAAUUUGGCUCGCCAGAGGAGAACAAUGCUUAUGGCAAGCUCAGUGAUUUCUUCUGGUUCACAAAGUCAGAAUUUUCCGAGAAUGUGCAGCAGCUGCAACAAAAGUUUCUGGCAUCCGCACUCUCACACAUCUUCACCACUAGCCCAAAGGAUGACUAUCAAUGUGAAGCUCAUGACUACGCUGCCCUUUUGCUAUGCUUUCUUCCCCAGCAAGAUGUCAUGGCCAAGGCAGUGCUUGAUGAACAUGUUGGAAAAUAUCUCGUGAUCUUGGGAAAUCUCGCAGGCAAGGUGAAGUCAAUCACCGGUGGUAUGAGUCCAGAAGAUGCAGCAACGCUUUCAGAUCAGCUGCAUCAACUCAAGAUUUCAAAUGUGGCAAAGGACGCAAAGUUACUCUCUCGAUUUCUCAUGACACCAGGCUACAAGAAGUUUGCUUUGUUUCUUCAGGCUGAACUGAGCCGAUCUCAGCAAGAUCAGGCUGCAACACAGCGUGCCAAGACUUUGCAGACUGAUGUGUCUGAAGUCAAUGCAAUCCUGACAGGCCGAACACAGGUGGGGCCGUUCACCUUGAUGCGCUUGGUUGAUAUGGUCAAAACUCUCCAGAAGCUUGUUGAGGGCAUCGCUGCUCUUCCUAUGGGUGAGAGCUCCCAGCACAAGGAGAUCCGCGUAACUGGUCUAUCUGUUCGCGAUGAUUUCGAGGACUGUGACUGUGUGAUUGACUGA